AUGCCGAUGAAUGGAGGUAAGAAAGGCACGACAUUUGAGGAUUUUUCGUUAUCACAAGAGGAAGCUUUCUCUCGUGAAAACGGACACAUGAAGACCCUUCUACCAUCCUCUACAAAUAACAAUAGAAAUGCACCAUACCACCACUUUCCCCAUUUACAACAGACUCCUCACCAUUCUGGAUAUACGGCGUUACAACAUCCGCACAUUUCUCAGCAAAUGGGACAGCACCGUUACCCUAACCCUCCAGUCCACUCUCCGCAGCAACAUCAGCUGAUACCGGGAUUUGUACCCCCUAACACAAGCCCGCCAUGUAAUGGAGGCGGAUUUUACUUAGAAAAUGAAAAGAUCUCAACAUCGUCCGAUUAUCCAUCUCCCACUCACCAAGUAGGCGUUCGGUACCCGGAGGCCACUCAUGGAGCAUCGCAAAUGCAGCCUCAAAUGACACUUUCCAAUUACCGAGAAGGAUAUCCCAGCUCUUUUGUUUAUCGCAAUCCGCAACCUCCUCCUCCUCCUCCUGAAUCUGUACAUCAAGCCCCCGAAAGUCUUUUCCGGUCCAUGCACAUGCCUCCUCAUAUUUCCCCGAAUCAACAUAUGUUUAUGAUCACAAAGAGAGAUGAGAUCACCGCUUCAGUCUCAAUGAAGCUAAAAAAGAAGCGCGAGAGCCACAAUGCUGUUGAAAGGAGAAGACGUGAUAAUAUCAAUGAGCGGAUCCAGUUUCUUUCCUCAAUCGUCCCUGAAUGCAAAAGGAGACAAGAACGCUCAUCAAUCGUGACAGGAAUGGAUUCCAAACGCUCCCAAAUUCUCGUGCCCAAUAUGAAACUUAACAAGUCGUUCAUUUUGCAAAAGGCAACAGAAUACAUCGAAGCGAUGACAAUGUACAUUGAAAGGCAGUCCGUGUUGUUGAAGGAAGUUAUUCCAUCGUAUGUUGGCGGCAUUGAAGAGCUCAAUGCUUCUGUCGUUGAAGAAGGAAACAACUUUAUCUUUUCCCUAGAAAAUUUGCCAUCAGACUUCCAAGGACUACAGGAAGAAGAAGAAGAAGAAGAAGAAGAAUCAAAGCAAGAGGCCACCCAACGGAGAGCCCCAGAAGAAGCCAUUCUUCAAAAGAAGCUUCAAGCUGAGUUUCGAGAUCAGACAUGA